AUGCAUGAUCUCAAUAAAGUCCUCAAACUUCUAUCAGGCUACUUAGUAAAGGAUGAUUCGGGUAAAUAUUAUUUCAGCCAUAGUUCUGUAAGAGAUUGGUUGCAAGACGAAGAGUCAGAUUUCUUUUGCGAUGUACUCAACGGGCACUCCAUUAUGGCAAACUAUAACUUGAAAACUCUUAAAGUUAAGUAUCCUUCACCCGGCGAUUUUUUUGAAAAUGUAUGUUUUCGUGCGAAACUGCCAUAUCCUACUGCUCUUCUAGACCUCAAAUUCUUUUCUUUGCGUUAUCUCUUUCAUUCCAGUGAGAGCGGGAGUUCAAACGUGAAUGUUCUGAUAUCUGAAUUAGGUAUUAAAGCAAUCGACCUUCUUCAUGCCGCAUUUCGCCAUAGUGGUGACGCUUGGGAUUGUUCCAUUUGUUCCGAGUAUAUGGCAAUGAAAGUUCUCGAUGAAACUGAUGUCUUGAAUAAAAUGACCAUACAGGAAAAAGCCGAACAUCUUGAGCUGGCUCUUGUCUGGAAUUAUGCAAGAAUUACUGCCAAGUUGUUUGAUAGCCGCACAUACUGGAUUUUUAGUCGUUGGGUCAUCAUUCACUUGAACUGCGACAUCAAACUACUACAGCUCGUCCCAAAGGAAUCAAUGCCCCAGUUAUUUUUUUCGUUCCUCGUGGAUAUUUUCUUUCGCAACGAUGAGAUAUUUGAAUUUUGUGUAAAAAAUGGAUUAACGGCGGAUGUAUGUGUUCCUCAAUUCUUUGAGAACACCAAGGGCUUUGACUCGUCCAUCUGCUGGAACGAAGAUGUCCAAGAGUAUUUUAGAAAAUUGAAGUCAGGCGAAGAGAAUGUUAUCACUUUGGAGUCCCUUAAAGAGAAGCCAUUUUAUCCAGAAGAAGCUAAAGUGUCGGAAUUUACAUUGGAGAUCAUUCAGAAACCUCUUUCAGGUAUUGAUUACAAAUAUUCUUGUAAAUCUGCAGGUGUGCAUGGUGAAAAAAUUAUUCUUUAAUAUAAAAUUGAUUAAACAUAUUCUUAAAAAUACCUUUGGAAAAAACUAGUUUGUUAUAUAUGAAAGCAAUACAGCUCAUCGUAUAGCCAGGGCCGCCGAGAGCUUGGCGGGGGCACGGGGCAAAAAAAUUUUUAGUGGCCCCUAUUGCAAAAAAAUUUUCCGGAAAAUUUUUUUUCGGUUUUCGGACAAUAAUUUCUUUUUAGGUGCGUUAUAAUUGCUUUCGUUGGACUUUUCCGCAAUUUUCCAUACCAAAUUUCGGUUCAUUGCCCCCUAAACACAAAGAAAAAAUUACUGGGGCCCAUUAAAUUUCUAACAUUAAAUUUCUAGUGGCCCCCAGAGCCUCGAGGCCCGGGGGAAUUUGCCCCCCCUGCCUCCCCUCUCGGCGGCCCUGCGUAUAGCUGUGUUCUGUGACCAAAAAAGUUGCUUAGAAAACGAAGUUUGUCGCCUCCCUUCGGGCACUACUUUAAAAUUACAUAAAUUUACAGAUUCUGAUAUGCCUGGAACGAAUUUAUUCAUGCAAACCUGCAGUUUCUUUGUAUUUUACGACCAAACAUCAUCAUUUUCUAUUAAAAUUAGCAAUAUUUUUUUUGAAACUUCAUGCUAUACACAGUUAUUGUACCAGUUCGAAGGCGGGGGAGAGGGGUGGGGGUAUCACGCGGUUCAUCUCAAUAUGAAAUUGCAAAGAUUCUUUAAUCAAGAAUUUUACAGAUUCUAAACUUGUGUUGCUCAAUUUUUUAUCAACAACGAACAAGGAGCGCACGAUAUUCGAUAGAUCUUCAGGACCCAGAUGUAUUUUAUUUAACACAAAUUGACCAUUGGCAGCAGUUCUUUCAAAAACUAGCUCAUGCAUGAAAUCUGAACUUUUUCCUGUGGGGCAUUAAGUGCUAUGAGCAUUAAGUGCUAUCAUACGUUUAAAUUUGUUCGCGCUAAAUCUUUCUAUACACUUUUUUAAGAUCUAACCGGGAGCGGUUAGAUCUUAAAAAUAGGCCCUUUGGCUUCGAUUCCGGUAUAAUGCUCUAACGAGCUGUGCUACAGAGACCAAUUGCUAAGCCUUAACCACAGAUUCAUGUAUAUAUAUAAUCGAACCUGCCAGAGGGCAUAAAGUUGCAUUUUUUGCAACUGCUCCUGGUUGUUAGGUCUAAAAAAGUGUAUAGAAAUUUAGGUUCGAAAAUUCAAUCUAAAAAACUAUUCACUAUUAGUUGUAUCGAACGAGAUUCCCAAAAUGUCGAUAUAAGAAUCUUUAUCAAUAUACUCUUUGCAAUUUGAUAUAUAAUUCAACAAUAAACCCAAAAGCUGAUGCAAUAUAUCUCACGCCACCACUCUGCGAGAUAAGUCCACAUUACAGCGAAUUUUUAUAAUUUUUUGACGAAUGAUGGUAAAUUUGCUUUGUAAAGGGUUAGUUUAUUUUUAAAAAUUGCUUUUCACAUUGUUUUAAUUGUCUGCAUUGGUUAACGAGAAUUAGAUGCCACCCAAAAAUGGCGGAUAUUCGUCAUCGUGAGAAAGGCUAAUUAUUGACGAUUUACUGCAUAUAACCGCGUGAUAAGGGAUUUGAAUUGGUGCAAUAAUGUUACAGUGUAAUAGAAAAUGUUGAUCUUUCAUCGUAAAAUACAAAGAAAGCAUACAAAAAUAUAUAGAUUCAUGUAGAUUUAAAGUUGCGCCCGAAGGGGUGGGAGGGGGGCGACAGAAUUGAAACCAAAUUACAGAAUACGGUCUAUAUUACGUACAUCUCUGUAAUGGAUGGUUCAAUUAUUCCUGUUACCAUCCCCCCAAAUGUACACCGACGGAAUUUUGUUGAGCAUCUGGUCCAGGAGGUGUCCCGUGGGGGUAGGGGUUAGGAAUACACAUGCUCACAGGCUAGGGGCUUUGGGACUCGUAGAAAAAUGCAAAACAUGGGCCCACUUGCACUCCAACUGUUUUUUCUUGCAUAUUUAAACAUUUUUGUAGAUCAGAGAUUGCGUUGGAAAUUGGAAGAAAAAAUGCUUCGUUUAACACUGUACUAACAUCGUCUUUAAUAGCCCUAGUGAAGACGUUCUAUCGCUUAGUGAAUGUCUUUCAAAUGUCGACAUUCGUGAAAUUUUGAUAACGUGUUCGUGUGCAAUAUUGCCCAUGGGAGGGGAAUUGGCUUUUCUUUAUUUGGCCAGGGGUGCAGGGAAUUGACAGUUUACGAAUAAAGAAUACAUAAAUCCCCGGGGGGAGAGCAACAGGAAGAAUCGAACCAUGCAUGAUGCAGACAAUUCUCUGCUGCGCACGCCUUUCUAAAGGGGCACGUCCUUAAUAUCAACGCCUUUCUAAUAAUGCGGACACCUUUCCAAUGUACCGCCGUCCACAUUAAUCCGUUUUCGUUUGAAAACGUAUACUUUUGCACGCGUUUUCGCCGAUCUUCCACACUAAUACGAUGGAAAACGGAUGCCUUCAUCAAUGAAAACGGCGCUUUUCGAAAACGGCUUUGAAAGUAGGUCAAGACAACGCGGGCGUAUACAUUAGAGCUAGAGUUUGGCAAAUACAAGGGCAACGGCAACGCCGAUAUGGCCAUCAACAAUAGCAUUAAUCUUCAAAGACAAAGGCGAAUGUAAAUUACAUGGUAUUAAGCGUUGUGCAAUGCCGUAGUUGUUGAAACUAGUACGUGAUUUGCAUCAUUUUCACGGUGCAUGACUACGGCAACAGUCAAUUCGUUGGAUGUUUUUUGAGGUGUUUUAUUUAAAUUCGCGGACUAUUUUUACUUAAGGGUACGUUUGAAAGAAACAGGAAUACUUAAAGAGGCAAAUUAAGUGUAGUAACGUAUACUUUGGCUCAAAUACAAUAAUAUAAGCAAUUAUAUUUUCCCUGUUGCCGUUGUGGUUGCCGUUCUAGGUUGCCAAACUCUCUAUUGGAUUAGUGUGGACGGGCGAAAACGAAGUCAAAAACGCGAACGGCAUGAAUACAAUCAUUCGUAGUGAGUGUGUUGUUUUUCCGAAUUUCAAAUGAAUUGCUUGUCUUGCACUGGAUAUAACGAUGAUUAAUCUGCAAGCAUAACUUGCAAAUACAAUAAAAUGCUCUACACUAUGUCCUAGGUUAUCAUUUAAUUUAUUUCUGAGAUUGUAAAGCCACUAUAGAAGCUCUAUUAUCGCCGACGUUUUUAGGUCCAACCUCGGUGAAUUUGUCUCUUUCUCCGUAAAAAUGUUCCUGGCCUUCUUGUAAGAUUUUUGCAUGAAUAACCGUAAAAUGAAUAAAGAUCGAAAAUAAUAAAAAAUUAUCGUUUUUUAAGUGCUAGUGUGGUAAAAAACGAUCCGAAAACGCUACUGUGGACGCAGAUAUUUGUAUGCUUUUUCGAAAUAUAAAAAACGAAGGGAUUCGAAAACGGAUUGGUCUAAUAGUGUGGACGUAGCCUACCUUCCCAAUACGGAUACCUCUCUAAUAUGAAUACCUCCCUAGUAGAGAUACCUCGCUCAUACAGACACCUCUCUGAUAGUGUAAAUGUAGUGCAUUCUUUGCGAGGUACAGUAUAUUAUAUAGUAUACUAUAUAGUUAGCCGUAUACAUGUAUAUAAUUAUGCUUUAUUCUUGUUCAGAAAUUGAACGCCUUCUGAGAGAUGGAAUGAUUUAUGUGGAGUUCAAGUAUGGCUGGCACUCGCUUUUACCAGGAAACUCUGGGUUUCUCGGGGAUCGAAAGCUACAACAGCUAGAAAAGUGUUUAAAACAUGGAGCAAACCCAAGCAACAGAGGAGGUCCUGCGGUAACUGCUCUAAUGCUAACGUGUAAGAACCUAAAUGAUCUUUUUGUGGAUUCAACUGCGGCGGAACAGGUGGUGUCGUUACUCUUGGAUCAUGGAGCUGAAGUGAAUCAACAGGAUUUUUAUGGACGUACUGCGCUUCAUUAUGCUUUUGAAGCUAGAUAUAACACUGAAGAAGGGCUUGCUCGAAAACAACGUGUUGUUCAAAUCCUUAUUCAGCACAACGUAGAUGUACACGAAUCUUGGUUAAUAACCGAUGAAGCAGCAUUGAGAGAAACAUGCUCAAAGAAAGGAAAAACAUACUGUUCCAUAAGUUAACCAUGAACGCGAUAAGCCUGCUCUAAUCUGAACUAGUCCCUUAUUCAACAGAAAGCAAGAGUCGUACGAGAUCUGAUAAAAAUAAAGAACUUGAUGCUAUCACUUGGAACCCCAAAACUAACCUUAGCGACCAAAGCACGUACACGUUUACACUGGAAAUUUCAAAGAAUUGAAUCAACUCCAAAAAAGUUAUUCCGUCACCGUUUUUGGUGACCACUUUUCCAGUUGAUUCAUGUGGAAAUUUACAGUGAGGUUAUACAAUUAAGUAACAAUAUAUAUAGCAUUUGUAUAUUAGGGCAACAGUGACAGACGUUGAACUGGUAGUACAAUUAAGUAACAAUAUAUAUAUAUUGCAUUUAUAUACUGUAUAGACAAAGAGUAACAGAUGAUGCAUGAACUGCAUAGCAAUACAAUUAAGUAACAGUAUAUAUAGCAUUUGUACAUCAGGGCAGAGUGACAGAAGUUGAACUGGUAGUACAAUUAAAGCCGGUUACAGACGAGCAAGUUUUCUGUGACAAGUUUUUAUGUGACAAGUUCUAUUUUCCAAGUGCACAUGUGUUUAUAUGCAACAAAUUUUAUAUGACAAGUUUUCAUACGACAAGUUUUAUUUACUGGUGUGAACGUGUCAACAAGUUUACUUUGACAAUUUAUUAGUGGCUAGCUGGCCAAUCACAUCAAAUGCUCAGAUUACUUUGACAAGUUUUCUUUGUUGACCCAUACAGACGAACAAAAUUUGUACUUUGACAAUUUUUUUCUAGCUAGCAUGCUAGCUUUUGAACAAGUGCACUUGUCAUAGAAAAACUUGUCAAAGUUGCGCGUACAGACGAGCAAAUAAAACUUGUCACAUAAAAGUUUGUCAUAGAAAACUUGCUUGUCUGUAACCGGCUUAAGUAGCCUAACAAUAUAUAUAUAGCAUUUGACAUUUGUAUAUUUCAUAAAUUUCAUGUAGUUUUAAAGCAGUUACCGUUAAAAUUUUGAGACGUGUACAAUAUAUAGCUAGCACUAGUUGCAUAUUCAUAAAUUUCAUGUAGUUUUAAAAGCAGUUAUUGUUAGAAUUUUGAGAAGUGUAUAACGAUACAUAGCUAGCACUCAGGAACGCACAGAGAAAUUCGGGGGCCCGGGACAAAUUUUUAAUUCAGGGCCUGUACUGUAGUUUUUCUCAAACUUUAACCUCUGACUUUAAACUCUUAUCUUUGAUAAAAGAUAAAAAUACAUUUAG